CGCUGAAACGAGGGGCCAUGAUGCGCGCAAGAGAUGUGCUCUUGGAUGCCACUCUGCUGCUCUUUUCACUUAUCUUCAUGGCGACUCCACGAACGGCAGCCAAGCUCAUCCGCAGAUCCAGCACAUCCACACACGGCAGGCAGCAUUCGGGGCCUCCCGCCUCUGCAUACGUCCACUAUCCGCCAGAAGGACCGACACGCAUCGGCUUCCACCCCAGCCAUGCCCCAUUUCCACGACGUUUCAUCUCUCGCCUGUCGACCAUCAGGGCGCCAACCCGCCGCUACUCGAGCAAGGCCGGCAGUGCUCCAGAUCUGGCGACGUUGAUACGGCAGAAGAGUGCGGCCGAGAAGCUGAGUCGGCUGCGUGAGCUGAUGAAGGAGAGGGGCGUGAAUGUGUAUGUGGUCGGCACGAGGGACGCCCACAACAGCGAGUACACGGCUGACAGGGACGCCAGGAGGGCUUACGUUAGUGGAUUUGACGGGUCGGCCGGGACGGCUCUCGUCACAAUGGACAAGGCCCUGCUGUGGACAGAUGGCAGGUGAGUGAACAAAAAGUCAGUGCACUGGGUGCCCUAAUGGUCCUCUUCUCUCCCUUUGUGUGUUGUUUCGUUGCAGGUAUUUUCUGCAGGCUGAGCAGCAGCUGGAUGGCGACCACUGGGCGCUCAUGAAGACAGGCCUCCCCGACACACCCACACUCGAGAAAUGGAUAGACGAAAACGUCCCUGGUAACUAACGCACAACAGGCCGACCACCGCUCGAAUCUGCUCUCCAUCCUCUAUCCUCCUUUGCAGACGCCGUGGUCGGUAUUGACCCCUACACCACGUCGAUCAGCGGUCUGAAGCAGCUGAAGAAGCAGCUCAAGCGCAAAGAGGUCAAGCCCAUCAACGGCAACCUGGUUGACGAGAUGUGGGGCGCCGACCAGCCGCCGAUGCCGUGCGAGCCGGUGUUUGUGCACGCUGAGGAGCUUGCUGGCAGGAACACGACCGAGAAGCUGGCAGGCAUUCGGAAGAAGAUGAAGGAGAAGAAAUGCGACCUGAUGGUCGUCACGGUGAGAACUGCACUCGGGAGGGGGGAAUGAGCGAUGCAGCCCCCAUCGGACUGUCUGUUUGUGAUUGACUGUGUAGGCGUUGGAUCAAGUGGCGUGGCUGCUGAAUCUUCGCGGGUCCGACGUGGCCUUCAACCCUGUCUUCUUCGCAUACGUCACCAUCACACCAGACGAUGUCACGUACGCCCACCCGCCCCCCCACACACAGAGGAGGGGCAACCGCAAAUCACACUCUCAUCUCCCUUCCUGCCAGGAUUUACUGCAACUCUGAGCGCCUCACCGCCGAAGCGCGCACACAGCUGCAGACACACGAUGUCAGCAUCCAGCCUUAUGAGUCACUCACGGCCGACCUGACAGCAAUGUCAGCAAAGCUAUCGCCCGAGGGCAGGGUGUGGGUGGAGCAGGCGUGCAAUCUCGCCGUCAAGACCGCGCUCGAGGCGGGGCUGGACGAGGAGAGGCGGAAAGGUGGCGACGACGACGACUGGCUGAUGCUGCAGGAUACCCCACUGGCGUUGGCUAAGGCCAAGAAGAACGAUGCGGAGCUGGCGGGUGUGCGGGAGGCUCACGAGAAGGAUGCGGUGGCUCUUGCCAACUUCUUUGCGUGGCUCGACAAGGCAGUCGAGACCGGGGAUGUCUGGAAGGAGGAUGAGUGCACUCUGGCUGAGAGAGUGGAGGCAUUCAGGGCACAACAGGUGGGCGAGAGAGAUGCCGAGUGGGAGGGCCCGCGCAUAUCUCUUCCUCUCCGCCCGUUCAGGCUGGUUUUCGCGGUCCCUCGUUUCCCACCAUCUCGUCAGUUGGGCCCAGUGGCGCCAUCAUACACUACAGGUGAGUGCAGUCGAGACCAGCAUGAGAGACCCAUUGCGAUGCGAUGUCCCCUCUCCUCUCUGUGUCCAUCCUGUCAUUGCGCUGCAGGCCUGAGGAGGGCAAUUGCCUGACGGCCCAGCCCGUCAUGUAUCUGCUGGACUCGGGAGGCCAGUAUGAGGAGGGCACCACUGACGUCACGAGGACUGUCCACCUGGGAGACCCUAGUGACUUUGAGAGACAAUGCUGGACACGAGUACUCAAGGUGAGAACGACGUAAGGGAUGGAAUACACAGCCUUGGUCCACCCAUCCAUCGAUCUCUCCGUGUGUGGUGGUUGCAUUCAGGGUCACAUAGCUCUAAGCCAGUGUGUCUUUCCGCCCAACACCAAGGGCCCCCAACUGGAUGCCCUCGCGAGGACGUCACUGUGGGCCUACGGCCUGGACUACCGACACGGCACCGGCCAUGGGGUGGGCGCAUUCCUGCACGUACAUGAAGGGCCGCAAGGCAUCUCGCCCAACCUCAAAGUGAGACCAUGAGCAGAAACAAACUUCACAGAAUGAGUUAAUCCCGUGUGUGUGUGUGUGUGUGUAUAUGUGUGUGCGGCACAGGGCAGCUCGGCUGAGACGCCGCUUGAUGUGGGCAUGAUCGUGUCCAACGAGCCCGGCUACUACCACGACGGCCACUUCGGCAUCAGAAUCGAGAAUCUCAUCACCGUCAGGGAGGUCGACACAGCGCACUCAUUCGGGGGCAAGAAGUACCUCGCCUUCGAGCCUCUCACUCUGGUACGUGCCUUGCCUAGCCACCAAUGACACAAACGAAACGACCACCUGCGGUCAGUAUUUCUCUGUUCACAGGUGCCAUUUCAGCGCAAGAUGAUCGACCUGUCACUGCUGAGCGAUGAUGAGAUCAAGUGGGUCAACGCCUAUCACGAGAGGGUGCGCGAGACGGUCGAGAGGCGGCUAAGGGAAGAGGAGCAACGCUCCAGUGGGUCCCCGACAGUCGAUAACAGCGAUGUGAUUGCAUGGCUGAGGGAGGCCACCGCCCCACUGACGCGGCCGUCAGCGGCAGGAAUGACCGAGAGAAGGGAAAUGGAGACUGUGGCAGCUGCGUGAGCUCUUGUACAUUGCUUGAUGCGUUCUCGCGGCUGUGAGUUUUUGUCCCUUUUGGCCUUUCAUGUCUUUGUGUGCGUGGGUGGAGUGGAUGUGAGACCCGCUGGCAGAUAGGGCGUGUUGUGUUGUGUGGACUCGCAACAGACAGCAUGGUGAGUGACAUGACGAUCGAUUAAUACCAAACUGGUCCGACG